GAUAAUAGUUUCUACUUUCCUUCCUCUUUCAGAUUUUUGUUCUGUCGACGGAAAGUUUUCAGCUUACUCAGUCCAAAAAUGGCCGAAACCGCUGCUCUUGGAAUUAUAGAUGAGAUCCAUGCCUUCGUCUCCGAUAGGCUUCAAGUGAUUUCCUACAAAUGGCUGAGUCGAAAUUUGUUGGUUUCCUCCAAUGCUGCAAAGAGACUGCUAGAGGAAUUCGUUGAAAAGCAUGGGGGUGGAUUAGCAGUGAUUUACUCUUUAUCUGGCUGGCUGAAGAGUAACCCCACAACCUACCAUAUAAGGCUUGUCCCCAGUCAUAUGCUUUCAGAUGCUAAGGAAGAGUUCGAUGGAAAAUGCUCUGUUCAAGUUUACAGUAUACAGGCCUGCCUCCCUAAGGAUCCAGCAACGCUUUGGAAUCAUGAGUUCGUUCAGGCUGAAGAUCUUUUUAAGCAGCCAUCAACUCUUGAUAAUUGUUUACGAGAUAACAGGUUUUGUGGAGUUUCAAACUCAUUUGUUAAGAGAACAGUAGGAGGAACACCUUUGGGCACUGGAAGCCUUCAGGUGAAAUCAACAAGAGUCUCAGGUCUGUCUAGCAGUUCUAUUCCUCAAGCUACAGCUGAUCCACGGUCUAUUCAGAACAAUUUUCAGAAUGCUGGUUCAAAUCCAGGGGAUCAGGCACCUAACACUGCAAAACCUGUGAAAACUGAAGGAAAUGUAAAGCCAGAUCUAGCACAGAUAGCAGAUAAAGAAAAAGUUCCUCGGCAACUCCCUAACAACAAAAAGGGCCAAAAUAAUAAAAACUCUUCUGGAAGUGGAGGUUCAUUAGCUAGCAUGUGGGGUCGUGCAUCAGCAAAGCCUAAACCUGAUGCUUGCUUGGUCCAAGCUGAGAAAGCCAGACAAGGAUCUUCUGCCUUCCAAAUUUUGUUGUCUUACCUAUACUCAAAUAUAACACCAAAAAAACAUUUGUUUUCUGGAAUCAGUCAGUGUGAAGCUCAAAUUAGUGCUCGUGAAUCAGCAGAGCAUGAAAUUAGUGAUGAUGACGACGGCGACAAAGCUUUCAGCACAAGGAGAACCUCUAAUGGUGAAGGCAGUAGAAAGAGAAGAGCUGUAUUUAAUUACUCAGAUGAGGAAGAUGAAUAUGACAAUGCCAUAACUCUAGGAUCACCUGAUCCUCCAAAGAAAUCUGUUCCAUGCUCAAAAGAAAGUUUAAAUGCUUCCACCUCAGAGUGCAAUUUAAGUUUCGAGGAGGAGAAAAGUAAGCCAAAGAUCGAAGAAGAGAAAGAAGGCGAUGUAAAAGCCAAGCCGAAGGUCAAAGAAGAGAAAGAAAGUGAUGUAAAAUCUAAGCCAAAGGUCAAAGAAGAGAAAGAAAAUGAACUAAAAGCUAACCAACAUUUGGGAGAAAACAUUGCAACUGUUAGCAAUGACAAGAAGGCUGGAUCUCCCACUUCAGAGAAGACUCUAUGCCAUGUAUCUGAAAAAGAUGCUAGUACGAAAAAUACCAUGGCCAAUGAUGUGCCUAAAAGAAGAAAAGUGGUAAAGACACUGAUUGAUGAGAAGGGAAGAGAAGUCACUGAAGUUGUUUGGGAGGGUGAGGAACAAGAUACAAAAUCUAAUAAUAAUAAUUCAGCCAAAAUUGCUGGCAAUAGUACAGCAAGCAAUGCAAUUAACCGGCCCCCGGCUGUUCGUAAGUCGCCAGCAGUGGGGAACACUGCUCCAGCUAACCAAGCCGGGAAAGCCGGAAACAAGAAGGCAGCAACUAAGGAUCCUAAGCAAGGGAAUCUCUUCUCAUUUUUCAAAAAGGCUUGAGGAAAUGAGGCAGAGAUUGUCAGCAUCUAGAUAAAAUGAGAUUGAUUUUUAGUAAAAUCUUUUAAUCAUGUAAGUACGAGUCCAGAUCUCUUAUAACUUUCACUAUAUCUGUUAGCCAUUCCAGUGAUGGUUGAGUCAGUGUACACAUCAAGACUAAUGUGAAAUGUAUUUGAGUUUCUUUAUCAUAUUACGAUCAAAUCA